AUGGCAAAUCGCACAGUUUCUGAUGCUAUUGCAGUUCAUGGAACUAACCCACAAUACCUUAUAGAAAAGAUAAUUAGGUCUAGGAUAUAUGACUCAUUAUAUUGGAAAGAAUCUUGUUUCGGUUUAACAGCUGAGACUCUUAUUGAUAGAGCAAUUGAAUUGACAAGCCUCGGUGGACAAUAUGGUAAUCAAAAGCCAACCGAGUUCCUCUGUCUCACGCUAAAAUUAUUACAGUUACAACCUGGUAAAGAUAUUAUAAUAGAGUUUAUUCGGACUGAAGAAUACAAAUAUUUAAGGGCUUUAGGAGCAUUUUAUUUGCGUCUCGUUGGAACCUCGCUUGAAAUUUACCAAUAUCUAGAACCACUUUUAAAUGACUACCGUAAACUGCGUAGAAGAAAUCCAGGUGGUGAUUUCGAAAUAGUAUGUAUGGAUGAGUUUAUUGAUGAGUUGUUACGCGAAGAGCGUGUCUGCGACACUAUACUCCCACGUAUUUCCAAGCGAUAUGUAUUAGAGGAAAAUGAUGAACUUCCGCUCCGGAUAA